AUGGACAGCGAUACUUUGGCAGCUGCGGUGAAAGCGGCAGGUGCUGGAGCCCCGAACACAUCCUCCGGAGCAUCACAGAACUCGUCACCGCCAGCUGCGACACCGACGACUCAAACAGCGAGUACCGUGACACCCACCACAUCUUCAACUACUGCAACACCCUUUACAGAACAAGCUAAAGCUGUUCUUACACAACUUGUCAAAACAUCGAAAAUGAGUCGAUCUCGUGGUUCGGGAUUAGCUGAAAAGCCAGAAGUACAGUUACUGAUCGACAAGGAUCUAUUCUUGAUACAGUCUGAUCGGCGUACCAAAAUGAAUCCGAUACAACAAUUACAACUUAUCCGAAUUCUGGCUCAAUUUUUCUUGGAGCGUGUGGAUGAUGGGCAUCGAUAUGCUUAUUUUGAGGCGAUUUUCCUCGGCAGAGCUGAUGACAUAACGCUUCAUGAAUACCGUCUUUCUGUAAUGUUCCAACUCGUAUCGUUUUCUAUUCAGUAUCCAGUUGUACAAAUUUUGAAUCACGUGAUGGGAUGGCUAUGUCAGUUGAAAAGUGAAGAACAGCAGAAGCUAUACUCGGACCGACUAAUCGAUAUGAUAGUAGAGCAUUUUGUUCGUUUAUCAAAUGAAGAAAAUAAAUUGAAUGAGUAUCUUCAUCCACUCGAAAACACUUGCAGUGAGUUCUGUGCUCUAUUCGUAGCACGUGCACCUCUUUAUGGUGCCUUGAGUCCCCCAAUGAUUGAACUGUUCAAUCGAUUCUGUUCACGGAAUAUGCAAUUCGUAUUACGACAUUUCCGUGACACUCCCUGGCUCGGAAAUGAGUUUGCGGAGAAAGUGUUCCCGAAGCUAGUUGAGCAUAUUCUUUCUGACGAAACCGAGGAUUCGGAUAAUCUCUCUUCGCAAGUCUCGAUUAUUUCGAUAAUAGUUAUUUUUUCCAUUUUCAUUACAGAUCUCCUUCUCUCUCCUGAUUAUUCAUGGACAAAAAGAAGAGCUGGCGUUAUAGCCAGUGCAAUUGGAGCUUCAACUAAAUGUGACGAAGCAAUUCGAAAGGAACUGCAACGUCUGGAAGUACCUGAAGAUUUUAAGCCAGUGGUUCUUAUGUUAUGUUCAGAAGGAGUUAAGAAUAAUCCUCAAGGUGUGAUUGAUGCUAUUUCGGAGUUGCACCUGGCUCGAGAGUUAGAGCAAAUGGCCUAA